UACCGCCGUACGAGUACUCCCUCUCCAGGUUCUCCUCCACCCUCUUCGACAGGCGCUCCUCGAACUUGUCCUCCAGGUAGCUGGACCCGCCAGAAAGCGCCAACCAUCCGAGCACGCCCGCCGCCGCGCCCACCGCCAACCCCAUCCCCAUCUUGUUCUUCUUGCCGUCGGCACCAACGGCGCCGGUUCCGUACCCGGUCGUGACAGUGACAGGAGGAGCGCCAUACACGGUGACUGGAGGAGCGUCGUACGCCGAUUGAGGAGGCGGUGGCGUGGAGCCGUAGGUGGAAGGGUACCCCGCUGGGGGGCGCCAUAGUGUAGGGCUGUGCGGCGCCGUAGCCACUACCGUAGGCGCCACCGGAGCCGUAUCCACCUCCAGAUCCACCGUAGCCGCCUCCAGAGCCAUAGUAGCCGCCAGCAGACGAGCCGUAGCCCAUAGGGGUCAUGAGCACCUGCAUUGUUGGCAUAGCCCGCAGGGUCGGGUAAGGGUUGGGGGCCGCCAUCACCUUGCGCUGUCAUCACUCGCACCAACGCUGUCGGAAGAGCAGAGGAGGACGCCUGCUUCUUCCUUGAUGGCGACGACCCCGCUGCUAUCUCCCAUGCCAACGCCAUUGGUCAACAACACACCCAUCCCACCCUCCCAUGUGGCCGUUGUAGCCGCACCAUCGCCUUGCCAUCAGAAGAGCUGAGGAGGAUGAGGACACCUGCUUCUCCCUAACGGCGAGUGGGUCGGCUCUAUCAUCCGCGUCGCUGCGAUGACGAGUUAUGUCUGAGGACGCAACAACUUCGUGAGGAGGAAGAGAUGUGCCGCUAAUCGACGUUCAAGUAAAAGCCCUGCAUUAGAGCCAAUUUUGUUUAUUCUCAAGCACAUCUCAAUCUAAUUCAGACUUCCUCACGUGCAGUGCAGAAGACAAAUAUUGAUGUGCCAAAAAAAGUUGAAGCAGCAGUACAUAUAUAUUUUUCUUUGUCAGAUUUUUUAUACCAAUCCAUGAUCCCCUUGAUGCAAUUUAUCAUUUGAUCCUUCAAUGUCACUGAUGCGUUCAAGUUGUGCCUAGAUGAUUUGGCCACUGGUGAUGCACAGAAUUGAUGGUCUUUGUUUUAUGCAGUUAAAAUUACACUGGCACAUGGUUGCAGUUUUGGGGUUCUCAAAGAAUGAAGCGUGGGAAGUGUUUGUUGAAAUUCUCCAGAGAAAUGUGCUUACGAUUUUUAACCUGUGUUUCGUUCUGUUCUGUUCGAUGGAAUGGGAGCUGUCUGACUCCAGCGUGCCUUCGUCAGUCAGGCCUCAUGCCUCGAUGACAUUUGCCGAAAGGAUCAAAAUCCUUCCAAAUGCUUCACUCGCUUCGUGAGCUUAGAUUUGAGGAGAAAGAAGAGACUUGGUGGAUGGAACUCGUAGUGUAAUAUGUCACUCCUAAGUUGGAAUCAUUCUACACUUGCACUGGCUUGCCAAUGCCUAGGUUAUGGCAAUAUUUGGUUGAUAUUUCCAAGGAUUUGGUUACACGUCAGGAUUGAUGGCAACUAUGUAAACAAGACUCUUCAAACAACACUGGACUGGAAGCAAUGGCAAGCACUAAUUAGAGAUUUAGGGGCUACACACCUUGCAUGCUCAAACAAAAUUGAGAGUCUGUAACAUGUGAAUAAAAUUGCUCAUACAAAAUUAGUUCAUGGUUUAAGGUGAUGCUAUUUUAUUAGUUUGUACUGACGCUAUGUUCAUUAUGUGCUGAAAGUCUGAAACAUGUUGUCAAAUAACUUUGUAGAACAUAAUUGAAGUUCUACUCCUGAUGCUAUGACAAAACCAUGAAGGUUUGGGACUUGGUGAGAUGCCAGGAGGAAAAAUUAUUAAAUGGGUGUUUAGCCGGUCAGUGGAGGAGGUUGACCUGAGUGGAUUUCUGUCUGUGGACGCUGAGUGGCUGGCGUACCUUGGCUCCUUCCGGUUCCUGAGGGUCCUGACGUUGGCAGACUGCAAGAACAUCGACAAUGACGCUGUCUGGUCACUCUCUGGAAUGAACACAUUAAAGGAUCUGGACUUGUCAAGGUGCAAAAAGAUCUCUGAUGCUGGCAUCAAACAUAUAGUGACCAUUGAAAGCUUGGAGAAGCUGCACUUAUCUGAGACUGAAUUGACUAACAAUGGAGUGAUGCUCAUUUCUUCACUGACAAAUCUAAGUUUCCUUGAUCUGGGUGGAAUUCUCAUGACAGACAAAAGCUUACAGUCUUUGCAGGUAUUGACAAGACUUGAGCAUCUUGAUAUAUGGGGUAGUGAAACUACAAAUGAGGGAGCUUCUACUCUGAAAUCCUUUGCAAGGCUGAUAUUUUUGAAUCUUGCGUUGACACGUGUCAACCAUUUAUCAAUUCCUCCAACCACACGCUGUCUAAAUAUGAGUAACUGUGAAAUUCACUCCAUUUGUGAUGAGGAUUCUGAAGUUCCUGUCCCUCUAGAAAACUUUAUUGUCUCUGCAGCUACAUUUGGCAAUAUUGAUAAAGUGUUUUCUAGCAUCCAAGCAAGCUCACUGACACACUUGGACUUGUCUAGCUGCAAGUUAAGCAACUUGUCUUUCUUGGAAAAGAUGAAAAAUCUAGAGCACCUGGACCUUAGCUAUAACAUUAUAACUGAUGGUGCAAUUGAACAUAUUGCAAAGCUUGGAACAAACUUGCAAUAUUUGAGCCUCAAGAAUACUGGAAUAACUUCACAGGCACUAUGUAUUCUGGCAGGGACAGUUCCAAACCUCACCUCACUGUCUUUAGCUAAUACAAAAAUUGAUGACUCUGCUCUAGCAUAUAUUGGCAUGAUACCUUUGCUGAGAACGAUAGAUUUAAGCCAGACAAGUAUCAAAGGUUUUACUCAUAUGUCUGCAUUUGAGCAUCUCAAAUAUCUGGAAAGUCUAAAUCUGGAGGAUACACCGCUAUCAGCUGAAGUUAUACCUCCCUUGGCAUCCCUUGCAGCACUCAAAUAUCUGUACCUGAAAAGUGAUUUCUUGUCUGAUCCUGCCUUGCAUGCGCUCUCUGCUGCCUCUAAUUUGAUACACCUUGGGUUCUGCGGGAAUAUAUUGUCGAGCUCGGGACUUUUACAAUUUGUACCCCCUACCACACUGUGUGUGUUGGAUUUAAGUGGCUGUUGGAUCUUAACAGGUGAAGCUAUUUCAACAUUCCGUAAGCGUCAUCCUACAAUUGAAUUGAGGCAUGAGCUCAUGGAGGAAGUUCAGGCAAAUUUUGUUGGUGGUUCCCAAUUUCGUAAACCUAGACGUAGACAAUCUCCACAUGUGAAAUCAGAAGUUGGAAACAGUUUUGCUGGCCCAAGUAGGCUACGUGACAUCUGUUUUGUAGAUGAAAGGAUAAAAUACAGCAAGGAGGAAUUUAUGGAGCUACAAGGCCUUGUUAAACCAAAUUCGUUAAUGCUUGGUGUGUGGCUUCCACCAGAACUGCGAAGGUCCAAAUGAUAAUUUUGGAUCUUAGUUUCUUAUGCAUUUACUGCCAGCAUAUCAUGAAUCCAGCUCUCUGAUCUGUGAUAUCAAUAUCUUUUUCCUGGAGUUUCCUGUUGGUCACGUGAAAUCUUUACACUCUUUUGCCAACUAAAGGAGUUUCAUUGUGGUCUACCAUUGUCCAUGUAAACAUUUUCAUGAGUGUAUAUCCUUACCACACCCAUUCUGUGACUUUUUUUAAAUCAAAGUUCAAUGAAAGAAUUACGUGAGACAACAAGCUUGUUAUGGCUUAUAAUUGUGUAAUGAUUUACAA